AUGAUGAGGUUUACACUGUGUCGAUUAACAAAGUCAGUGUCGUCAGCUAUGCGUAUUGUACCAAUACCAGCCUUGACGGAUAAUUAUAUGUAUCUGUUAGUGGAUGAAAGCUCUAAGCAAGCUGCUAUCGUCGAUCCUGUUGAUAUUCCAGCUAUACAAUCUGCACUGCAAACUAGUGGCACAGAACUAUCAGCUGCGCUCGUAACACAUCAUCAUUGGGAUCAUGCGGGUGAAACUGGUAAUUUAGCCGAUAAAUAUGACAGUCGUUUACCAAUUUAUGGCGGUGAUGAUCGCAUUUCCAAACUGAAUAAUAAAGUGAAAGAUGGUGAUACGUUCAAGAUUGGUUCAUUGCAUGUAAAAUGCAUCUUCACACCGUGCCAUACCACCGGCCAUAUUUGUUAUUUUGUCACGUCCGAAAACAGCGAUCAAAAAGUAGUUUUCACUGGCGAUACUCUUUUUAUUGGCGGAUGUGGGCGCUUUUUUGAGGGGAGCGCAACCGAUAUGCAUAAAGCUUUAAAUGAAAAACUGGCGAGUUUACCGGACGAAACGGAAGUUUAUUGUGGACACGAAUAUACAGUAACAAAUUUACGUUUUGCUCAAAGUGUUGAGCCAAAGAAUGAAGAGGUAUCAAAAAAACUUGAAUGGGCAAAAGCGAAACAAAAAAAUCACGAGCCAACCAUACCGUCAACAAUCGGUGAUGAAAAACGUUUCAAUCCAUUCAUGAGAGUUUCCAAAAGUGAAGAACUGCAAAAGUUGGCAAAAUCAACGGAUCCAAUCGCAGUUAUGGCGUUAAUACGUGAGAUGAAGAAUAAAUUCUCUUGA